UAUUUCAUGUGUGCAUGACUAUCACAUCUGUAACCAGAGUUUACGGCAAGCUGAUGAAAGAACUGGGAGAUGGGGCUUGGAUCGAUAAUAAUUGCAUACAGGAGAACAAGCUUGUCGACAUGCACCACAUCCAUACGGACGCGCGCACUCAGCAGAUGAUGGUGUCUACAUUUGCCAGGCAAGACUGCACCAUCCGCUGUUUUAUUGCUACAGUGGCUUUUGGACUUGUCGUACAGGUUUAAGGAAAGUGAUGCGCUGGGGGCCAUCCAAAGACCUUAUGAAUUAGAGAUGGGCAACCGGGAAAGGCCUCAAUGUACAGCUACCCCUACUCGGUCCAAACAAAACAGAUACAGAAGAACAUGAUAGACCUGAUCAACAACGCUUCGCAGGACAUCUAUUUGAGGAAGACGAUACGGCAGUAUUUUUUUCUGUCAGACAUGGGGAGAGAAGCGUUAGUAUCAGCAUAUGACUAACCGUAUUGUUGCUGUGUGUGAUGCCAGAGGUCAGUAAUAUUUUGCUCAGUUCGUUUUGGGGUAUCGUUACUGUUAUUCAUUUAGGAAAUUAAAGAGGCAGUUAUGACUGUUUUAUCCUGCUGUAUUAAGGUCACGCCAGUGGUCCGUCUCACCUCCAAGGCUCCUCGUCAUCUAGCUAAUUUUCUGUGGAUUCCUGAUACUUCUUGUGAUGUUGAACUUGUUAUUUUCGUGUUCUAACGAUAACUUCAUUCUAUUUUGCAGUGCACACACUUGUGGAGAUGGUAGGAUGAUGAAAGGAGGAACGUCCACAGCCAUUUAGGCCACCGUCGAAGAUGACGGAAGUUCACCUUGCUGUAAUGGGCAAAUCUAAGUGCCAACAGGAGGAACUUGUUUCAAUGCUCCCGACUGAUGUGUCUUGCAGCCCCUGGUUUCGGGACCACCACCACUGCUGCGGCACCCGCUGGCUUCGGCGGCUUCGGCACCACCACCACAGGAUUUGGGGGGCUGGGAGCCGGGAGCACCACGUCUGGUGCUUUUGGGGGUUUUGGGACAACCACUACAUCCGCUGCUGCGCCUGGGUCCACUUUCAGCUUCGCCGCUCCUGCAAGCACAACAGGAGGACUGUUUGGUAAUACCCAGAAUAAGGGAUUUGGGUUCUCCUCUGGGCUGGGCACUGGUACUACCACUGCAGCUGGGUUUGGAACAGGUCUGGGGACAACUCUAGGAGGUGGAUUUGGUGGCUUCAAUAUCCAGCCACAGCAGCAACAGCAAGGAAGCUUUUUUGGGCAGCAGGCCCAAGCCCCGGCCCAGUCUAAUCAGCUCGUCCACACAGCUAACGCCCUGUCUGCCCCCACCCUGCUGGGGGACGAGAGAGAUGCCAUCCUGGCCAAGUGGAAUCAGCUCCAGGCCUUCUGGGGAACAGGCAAGGGCUACUUCAACAACCAACUGCCCCCUGUAGACUUCACACAGGAGAACCCUUUCUGCAGGUUCAAGGCGGUGGGCUACAGCUGUAUCCCAGGCAGUAAGGAUGAGGAUGGUCUGGUUGUCCUGGCCCUCAAUAAGAAGGAGGCUGAUGUCCGUAGCCAACAGCAGCAGCUGGUUGAGUCUCUACACAAGGUGCUGGGAGGGAACCAGACUCUCACCGUCAAUGUAGAGGGAGUCAAAGCCCUGCCUGAUGACCAGACGGAGGUGGUGAUCUAUGUGGUGGAGCGUUCUCCUAACGGCACAUCUAAGAGGAUCCCAGCUACAACACUGUACAGCUAUGUAGAGCAGGCUAACACCAAGGCCCAGCUCACACAGCUAGCAGUUUUCAUGUCUGUUACACGCACUGAGCUCUCACCAGCACAGCUCAAACAGCUGCUGGCGAAUGCACCAGCAGGUGUGGAUCCCAUCAUUUGGGAACAGGCAAAGGUAGAUAACCCUGAUGCUGACAAGUUGAUCCCCGUCCCCAUGGUUGGUUUCAAAGAACUGCUCCGCAGACUGAAAAUUCAGGACCAGAUGACCAAACAGCACCAGUCCAGAGUAGACAUCAUCUCCAAUGACAUCAGUGAAUUGCAGAAGAACCAGGCAACAACAGUGGCUAAGAUCGCUCAAUACAAGAGGAAGCUGAUGGAUCUCUCUCACAGAGUACUACAGGUGCUGAUCAAGCAGGAGAUUCAGAGGAAGAGUGGCUAUGCCAUCCAGGUGGAUGAGGAGCACCUAAGAGUGCAGCUGGACACCAUCCAGUCUGAACUCAAUGCCCCCACGCAGUUCAAGGGGCGUCUGAACGAGCUGAUGUCUCAGAUCCGGAUGCAGAACCACUUUGGCGCGGUGCGCUCAGAGGAACGAUAUAGUGUGGACGGAGACCUUCUCAGAGAGAUCAGACAGCACCUGAAGCAGCAGCAGGAGGGUCUGAGUCAGCUGAUCAUUGUGAUCAAAGACGACGUGGAAGACAUCAAACUGAUAGAACAUGGCCUCCUGGACAGACUCGGCUGACCUCAAAGUGCCUCCCAGGCCCCACGUGGCCCUGAAUUCUCUCUCACUGCUGACAAACAUUAAAGGGACAUGCCUCUUCUUAGCAAGGCAUAUAUAUAUGUAUGUGUGUGUCUGUUCAAAGGUCUGUCUCCUACUCAGAGGUGCUUUCUCACACAGAUUAACCCUUGUCCUGGACUAAAAAGCAAGCUCAAUGGUGAAUCUCAAUCAAAAAUGCUUUUUAGUCCAGGACUACGCAUAAUCUGUGUCUGGGAAACUGCUCCUAAAACCCCCAUCCAUCUAAACUGGAACAAGACCGCCUUAGAAAAACCGCCUGACCGUCUGGUGGUCACUGUCUGGUUGACAGCCAGUAAAAUGUGACUGUUUGAGAUUUGGGGUGAUAUUCAAGUGCGAUAUUCAACACAUUGUAUAUAAUUACGCCUUUUAUUAUUGCUUUAGUCAUAUUUUAUAUGAUGGAAUAAGAAUUAUACACAAGCCCAACAUGGUUUAAUAAAAUGUCAUUGAGGAGUGUUUUUCAACAUUA